AUGACUGCCGUCUUGGUGGCUACUAGCACGACUACGGGACUUGAACAUCACAUUGGAAAUAUUAGCUGCGGGCCCGGCGGCGCAUCCAUUCGGAAUAACAGUCUAGCAGGAGACGAGGAAAGAUUGUUGCUAAGGAUACGACCAAACACAGGGCAAGCUCGUCAGGACUUGUUGACUGGAUCGCCAGGGUUUGCUAUGUCGCAGACGCGCGGGAGAGGGAAGGCAUCCGUGACCGCUAAACUUCCCUCCUCUGCGGUUAAAGAACAUGCAACUGGGAGAAAUGGAAUAAACGGGUCUACGGUGAAAAGGAAAGCGAUUGAUUAUGAUGAGGAUGUCGGGGGGUUUCAAUUUACUCGCGCGGGUAACAUCAAAAAGCCGAAGCAGUCGAAUGGAACUGUACCAAAUGGGAUUUUAGAAGGAAGCUCGACACCAGAACUGAACAAUGCUAGUUCAGCCGUGCGGCAGAAGAAGAAGUCGACGCGAAAGCAGGCUCCGAACGGCGUGGUUGAACCCUCUUCAGAAUCUGUUGAUAGCAAAUCUAUGAAAUCCAAAUCUAAACGGCCGGCUCAGGAGAUACCCCAAAAACAAUCAAAGUCGCAGAAAAAGAUACAGACACCAGAACCAGGACCCUUAUAUGUACCUAAAAAACGAAAACUCGAAAAUACGAAAGAUCCGGAGUUACGGGAACCUAAACAGAAGCAACAAGAUAAUGACGAAGCAAUCCAGAGCACACCCGAAGAUCUACGAAACGUCGGCACGAAAAUUGCAUUACCAUUUGCAGACACGCCUGUCAUUCAGAGAAAUAAAGAUAUGAGAAAGGAGAAGAGUCGUAAAGGUCAAAGAAGAAGUAGUUUGAGUCUUCGGGGCCGCAGAGCAAGCUCCUUGAUAGAUAGCGGAGUGUCAAAUGCUCGUGUUAUUCAAGAGGAGCUUCUCAAAGACUUUGCAGACAGAUCAGACCUGACAGACUGGUUUAGCCGGCCAGAAGAAACGACCCCUGCAGUUGUUGUUAAGAAGCCAAAUCCAAAGAACAUACAAAAUUCAGACAAAAUAAAAGAGUUAGAAGAACAUAUUCGACGCCUUCAAGCGGAACGCCAGUCUCUGGCUGCUCUUCUACGACCUCCAUCGAUACCCACUGUAAACCCGUCAUUAGAUACCCCUAAGCAACUUACAACUGCACCAGAAGACAAAGCAGAGUCUCGGCCCCAUAAAAUAUCAACAGUUAACCCAUCACUCCUCGAUCCAUCGCAGAAACCAUUUUUGAAUAUCUUAAAUCAUUCACCGCCAGAACCGAAAGAGCGCUCUCUGGAUGCUGCAGCCUCGAGCACCAGAAUUGACACCUCCAUAGCGUCAAUAUCGGAGCGCCUAACGCGCCUCACCACUUCUCUAACGCCAACUCUCGAUUCCUUUGCGGCUGGUAUACACAAUGUUGAGGUAUUCCGACAAUCCGCCGACAAUCUUAGCGGCCACAUAUUACGAAUAUGUGCGCAAAGGCUAGAAGAGAGAGAUUUAUUGCAAAGUAAAAAUACUACGGGGUCAUUGUCUGAAGGGAAAGAGGAGGGAAGUAGCGGAACGCAGGAGGUAGUAAACAGUGAAAGGGAAGAUUUAAGCGAUAUUCUAAGAGCCUUAAGUAGGCUUGAGAGGAGAUGA